AUGACGGUGGACAUGGAAAAAUGCAAACGCAUAGUGCAAUACUUCUGGGAUCCAGAACCCAAGAAUGAUGUACCUACGGCGUCGAUAUGGUGCCUGGGUAGAGAGUAUGCGACCCCGCAAAUCACCGAUGGCCCGACAAGGCAGUCCGCAGAAGCUGGCAUAUCGAGUGAAACGACAGGGAAAGCCUGGCCGGAAGCAUUUCUCUCUGAUUUUGGAUCGAGGCAGUGGAUGACAUACCGAUCAAACUUCACACCGAUACCACGAGCAAAAUCACCAGAAGCGGCGUCCUCUAUGACACUGAGUGUACGGCUUCGGAGUCAGCUCAUGGACUCCCAGGGCUUCACAUCUGAUACCGGGUGGGGCUGCAUGAUUAGAUCUGGGCAAAGCCUUCUGGCAAACACGUUCGCGAUCUUAUUGUUAGGGAGAGACUGGCGCAGGGGAGACAGACCAGAGGAAGAGUCGAAGUUGAUUUCAAUGUUUGCCGAUCAUCCAGAUGCUCUAUUCUCAAUACAUCGAUUUGUGAACUGCGGCGCAGAGUCAUGCGGGAAAUACCCAGGAGAGUGGUUUGGACCGUCGGCAACAGCCAGAUGUAUACAGCUACUUUCAACCCAAUGUGAAUCACCCAAGCUUAGGGUCUACGUCACCAACGACACAUCCGAUGUAUAUGAAGAUAAGUUUACACAAGUUGCGCGAGACAUGACUGGCCGCAUCCAGCCAACACUUAUCCUCAUAGGAAUCAGAUUGGGGAUUGAUCAUAUCACACCGGUGUAUUGGGACGGACUACGAGCUGCACUGCAAUACCCCCAAUCAGUUGGUGUGGCAGGCGGGCGCCCUUCUGCAUCCCACUACUUUGUAGGAUCUCAAGAUUCCCACCUGUUCUUCCUCGAUCCCCACUCUACUCGACCCGCAACACCAUAUCGACCUGAUGAACCCUACACUUCAGAAGAACUUGACAGCUAUUACACCAGCCGACUUCGGAGAAUCCACAUCAAGGACAUGGACCCCAGCAUGCUGAUCGGAUUCCUCAUCAGAGAUGAGGAUGACUGGGCCGACUGGAAGCAACAAAUUGAAUCUACUCCUGGGCGACAGAUCGUGCACAUCUUCCCCGGACAUGCCCAGCCAGAUCAUGGCCAUGGUCGCGCAGGGGCGCUUGAUGAAGUGGAAGUGCUGGAUGACUCGGAUGCAUUGGAAUAA